UUUAGAUUUUUUUGUGUUAAACAUAGUAACAGAAUUUUUUUUAAACAAAAUUUCAAAUAGCUAUCGUAAUACUUUUCUAAGUUACGAAUUAUGGUAUCUGAAGUUACUAUAUUAGCUGAAUUAAGUUUCAUUUUAAACGAUUCUAAUGCUGUUGAGAACUUAGGAUAUAUAUAUUGUGUUUGCAGUAGAGUACUUUGCAGGAAUAGUUUAGCAUAUAUUAAUUAUGAACAUAAUGGUUGCAACGACACUAAUGAUGAGUCUGGAUCCUUCAAUGAAAUCGAAGUUGAGAAUGAGAAUGAUAUUGAUACAGAUAGAAUAAGUGCAAUUUUUUCACCUGAUGAAUGUGAAUCUCAAGAAUUGUGUAAUACUGGUAGUAAAACUCAAAUGGAAAUUCAGUCAAGUGAUAGUGGAGCUGAUUUAUCUGAAUAUUAUUGUAAUGAUCAAAUAAGUGAUAUGGGGAAACAUAAAUCAAAUUUAUAUGAAACAAGGAAAUAUGAUGAAAGUGCAGAAUAUUUAGAGAGUAGAAAAUAUUUAGAAUGCCAAACAUGGGAUAAAUACUGGACAUUGAAUGGUGAGAGAUUAAUAUGGGCUUCUUGGAUUGAGAAAUAUAGUGAAUAUAUAGAUCCAGAAUUUUCUAAGCAAAAUAUCAAUACGAAUCUGCUAGACCCUAAUGAUAGCAUUAAUCGAAAUAGUUCAUCACCAAAUAAUACAACAAAUCUAACUUUAAUUACAACUCUUGGCAAUAGUUCUAAUUCCGGUAUCCCAUCCAACAGCGAUAAUUAUUUAGAUAUUAAUAGCAGUGUUGAUCCCUCAGCACAACCUAGGUGUGCAUCCUCUAAUAGUGUUCCCAUGAGUAAUAUAGAUACAGAUUCUAUGACUAAUGUAACCCAAUUGACUUUGUCAAGUUUCGAGUGGAAUAGCAGUAUUGUGACUUCAGAAAGCUCAAAAAACUCUGCAGAUGCCAUUAUGUUUGAGCCUGAAAUCAGUAGCUCUUGGCCGGAUAAUUCAUCAAGCUCAUCAACACAAGAUUGUGAUAAUGCAAUGGAUUCAGAUCAAUAUUGGCAAUUAUUGUGGAAAAAACAUGUUGAAGAAUUAUAUGCAAAGCAUUAUGCAUUAUAUAUUACUGAACAUAUGUUAUUUAAUGAAAAUAAAAAUGAUGAUGCCAUUAUUGCACCUGCACCAGCCCAUGAAAAUUUAUUUUCUAAAGUAAAAAAUAAAAGAUUGCGAGAAAAAAAUAAAAGCAAUAAAUAUGUAAUGUCUGUUGGAGCAUUAUUAAAAAACCUCAAUUCAGCAAACAUUGAUGAAUGGAAAAUUAAUUGUAACAGCAAACAAGAUAAUACAGAAACUGUAAUGAAACAAUUCAAUAAUUCUCAUAUAUCAGAAAACGCAGUAAAAAAUCAAGAAGCACAUCAUAACCUUAAUAUUGAUGUUAAGAAUAAAGAUACUACGAAUUUGGAUAAACAAGACCAUGAUGCAUUAAAAAAUGCAAAAGCAGCCUUUUCAUUUAUGGGUUUUGGUUUUUCUGGAAAUAAUACAUAUCAAGAGCAAUUUUUACAAGAUGCCGAAGUUCUUUAUAGAAAGAAAAAUAUUCGUCUUCAAAAUAAAUAUUUAAAAUUUAAACUUCAUAGAAAUGAAACUGCUUUAUUACGAGAAGAGCCCUUACAUGUUUAUUUUGAUGACGAAGGAAAUCCUUCUAAAAGUUUAAACAAUUUGAAUGUUGAUAAAGAGUCAUCAGAACUAAAUUCUUCAGAUGAGGAGUGCCUAAAAAAGAUUAAUAAAACUUCACCUACCGCACAAAAAUUAACAAAUAAUAUCUUGGAUUUAAAUAUGUCUUGCUCUUCUUGCAAUACUGAAUUUGAGCAGCACUUCAAUGAUUCUUGUCAACUCAAUGCUACUAAUGUUAGUGAAGAAAAAUGUACCAGAUGUUUGUUGGAUGCCAAUGGUAAAACAAAACGUGAAAGGAAAAAAAGAAAAAAACCAAAGAAGAUUUUAAAACUACUUUCCGAAUCUGAAUGUAAUCAAAAUCUUAUUAAAUACUGGUACAAAAGAUAUUCAUUAUUUUCAAAAUUUGAUGAGGGCAUACUGAUGGAUGCAGAAAGCUGGUACUCAGUGAGUCCAGAAAAAGUUGCACAACAUACUGCGCAGAGAUGUAGAUGCGAUCUGAUCAUCGAUGCAUUCUGCGGGGCGGGGGGCAAUGCAAUACAAUUUGCCAUGAUUUGUGAAAGAGUAAUUGCUAUCGAUAUUGAUCCUGAGAAAAUCCGUAUUGCUCAACAUAAUGCAGCAGUAUAUGGAGUGGCAGAUCGAAUAGAAUUUAUAGUAGGCGAUUUUCUUCUUUUAUCAGAUUCCUUGGUAGCUGAUGUAGUUUUUUUAAGUCCCCCAUGGGGAGGACCACAAUAUCUUAAGGAUGAUUAUUACGAUGUUGAAAAAAGCUUGCUGCCUGUGUCAGGAUCACGAUUAUUAGCAGUUACUAGAAAUAUUACUGAGAACAUUGCUUUAUUUUUGCCAAGAAACACUGACGCAAAUCAGUUGGUUCUUAUGGCAGGACCUGGUUCAUCUGUAGAAAUUGAACAAAAUUUUUUGGACAAGAAGUUAAUAGCUGUAACUGCGUAUUAUGGAGAAUUAGUCGCUUAUGAUUAAGAACCUACUCAGUC